AUGGAGCUUUUGAAGCUUUUAAGUUUAUUUGUUUUUCUUUUCACCUUUCUUCUUCAAAUCUUUUGUAAACCUCUGCAAGAAAAUAUGAACUGUAAUUUCAGUGGAUGUGAGGGUCUCAACUUCGUUUGUGCAUCAAAUGGAUAUGAAUAUCAAUAUUUUCGAAACAUCUGCUAUUUAAGAAACUUCAACCAUUGCAAUCGACAAAAUUUUCGAGUUGUCACAGGAGAUUACACUAGAGGAUGUAUCGCAUAUCCGUGA